AUGGCUUCAAAUCAGAUCAUUAGUAUUGAGCAACAGGGCGGCAACAAAAAAAUUAAACGCCCGUCAAACUGCUUUUUCAUUUUCAGCAAAAUGAUGCGCCCGAACUUCGUGGCUCAAAACCCAGAGAGAGAGUUUUAUAAAAAAGAGGCAGAGAAAGAGAAAGAAAAACAUUCGCAGGACAAUCCGGGUUACAAAUAUCGCCCAAAAAGAAAAUCAAACAGUCAAUACGUCAGACCUAACAAGAAGGCCAAAUUUGAUCUUCAUUCACAUUCUCACCUUCAGAACGCCUAUAACGGCAACACAGCACCACAACAACAAACUCAACAACAACAACCUCCACUGCAUCAUGAACAACUAACACAUCAAAAAAUUCAUUUCCUGACAAACCCAUUUUAUCAAAUGACGUUCAACACGGCUACUCAACUCCAACAACCACAACAACACACUGAUUUUUAUACAAACCCAUCAUACCAGAUGGCUUAUGAUCCAUUGCAUCAAAAUCUUCAAUAA